AGUGCAGAUGGCGGCCUCUGAAGUAGCUGGUAUUGGGGCCAAUGCCCCCAAUCCUUCGGACUCCUCUUCUACUUUAUGUGCUUCCAAGUCAGAUGAAGCGCUUCCAGAUGGUCUAAGCCUCAAAGACCCUGCACAGAAGCAGAAGAACUCACCUCCACCAAGUGUAAGUAAUCAAAUGAUAACCAAGGAGAAUAACAGAAAUGUCCAUAUGGAACACUCAGAGCAGAAUCCUGGUUCAUCAGCAGGUGACACUCCAGCAACGCACCAGGAAGUUUUAGGAGAAAACUUGAUAGCUACAGCCUUCUGUCUUUCUGGCAGUGAGUCUCAGUCUGAUUUGAAGGACUUGGCCAGCACGACAGGAGAGGAGGGGGACACAAGCCUCCGGGAAAGCCUCCAUCCAGUCACUCGGUCUCUUAAGGCAGGGAGCCACCCAAAACAACUUGCCUCCAGGAAUUGCUCUGAAGAGAAAUCCCCAUCAGCCUCCAUCCUAAAGGAAGGUAGCAGGGACACAGGCUUGAAUUUCCGACCUGUAGUGCCUCCAGCAAAUGGGGUUGAAGGAAUCAGAGUGGAUCAGGAUGAUGAUCAGGAUAGCUCUUCCCUGAAGCUUUCUCAGAACAUUGCUGUACAGACUGAUUUUAAGACAGCAGAUUCAGAGGUAAACACAGAUCAAGAUAUUGAAAAGAAUCUGGACAAAAUGAUGACUGAGAGAACCCUCUUGAAGGAACGCUACCAAGAAGUCCUGGACAAGCAGAGGCAGGUGGAGAACCAGCUUCAGGUGCAAUUAAAGCAGCUUCAGCAGAGGAGAGAAGAAGAAAUGAAGAAUCACCAGGAAAUACUAAAGGCUAUUCAGGAUGUGACCAUAAAACGGGAAGAAACAAAGAAGAAGAUAGAGAAAGAAAAGAAGGAGUUUUUGCAAAAGGAGCAGGAUCUGAAAGCUGAAAUUGAGAAGCUUUGUGAGAAGGGCAGAAGAGAAGUGUGGGAAAUGGAACUGGAUAGACUCAAGAACCAGGAUGGUGAAAUAAAUCGGAACAUUAUGGAAGAGACAGAGCGGGCCUGGAAGGCUGAGAUCUUAUCACUAGAGAGCCGUAAAGAGUUGUUGGUAUUGAAACUAGAAGAAGCAGAAAAAGAAGCUGAACUUCACCUUACUUACCUCAAGUCAACUCCUCCAACAUUGGAGACAGUUCGUUCCAAACAGGAGUGGGAGACAAGACUGAAUGGAGUUCGGAUAAUGAAAAAGAAUGUCCGGGACCAGUUUAAUAGUCACAUCCAGUUAGUGAGGAAUGGAGCCAAGCUGAGCAGUCUUCCUCAAAUCCCCACCCCCACUUUGCCUCCACCCCCCUCAGAGGCAGAUUUCAUGCUUCAAGUAUUUCAGCCCAGUCCCUCUCUGGCCCCUCGGAUGCCCUUCUCUAUUGGGCAGGUCACAAUGCCCAUGGUUAUGCCCAGUGCUGAUCCCCGCUCUUUGUCUUUUCCAAUUUUGAACCCUGCCCUUUCCCAGUCCAACCAGCCUUCCCCACCUCUUCCUGGUUCACAUGGGAGAAAUAGCCCUGGUUUGGGUUCCCUGGUCAGCCCCCAUGGUCCACACAUGCCCCCUGCCACCUCCAUCCCGCCUCCCCCAGGCUUGGGUGGCAUUAAGGCUUCUACUGAGACUCCCCGGCCUCAACCAGUAGACAAAUUGGAGAAGAUCCUGGAGAAGCUGCUGACUCGGUUCCCACAAUGCAAUAAGGCCCAGAUGACCAACAUUCUUCAGCAAAUCAAGACAGCACGUACCACCAUGGCAGGCCUGACCAUGGAAGAACUAAUCCAGCUGGUAGCUGCACGGCUGGCAGAGCAUGAACGGGUGGCAGCGAGUACUCAGCCACUUGGUCGGAUCCGGGCACUGUACCCUGCUCCUCUGGCCCAAAUCAGUAGCCCAAUGUUCUUGCCCUCUGCCCAAGUUUCAUAUCCUGGAAGGUCUUCACAUGCUCCAGCCACCUGUAAGCUGUGUCUGAUGUGCCAGAAACUUGUUCAGCCCAAUGAGCUGCAUCCAAUGGCAUGUACCCAUGUGUUGCACAAGGAGUGUAUCAAAUUCUGGGCCCAGACCAACACAAAUGAUACUUGUCCCUUUUGUCCAACUCUCAAAUGAUGGACCUGAGUGGGGAGGAAGAGGAGGCGAAACCGAUGUGAACAGGAAGCGCGGGUUCAAGAUUUCUAAAACUCUAUAUUUAUACAGUGACAUAUACUCAUGCCAUGUACAUUUUUAUUAUAUAGGUAAUGUGUGUAUAGAAAGUCUGUAUUCAAAUGUUCGUAAUGAAAGUCUGUAUAUAAUGCAGAAACCCUCUGUUCCCCCUCAUCUUGUAGUUCUUUGGGGAUGCAGAUUAUAGGGAAUAUGUUGUUUAAUUUGGCCUUGAAAUCAUGUUAUUCCUGCGUAGGGCUGUUUUCAAACCCAUCUAGGAAGCUGCUGUUGCUCUAAGGCUGUCCUGCUUUAGUUUGGCUCAGCCUCUAGUCCAUUUUUGUAAGGCUUAUGUAUGCAGAUUUGAAGCCUGGUGCUCACCUGCUGUCCAACCAGAUGCCUUGUUUUCCAGGGGCCUCCAGAAGCCUCAGUGUUGUUCUAGCCACUCCACUCCAAUGGAUAAAUGAGACUGAUUAAGGGGAAAAAAUGUAACUCUGAUAGUUUUUCAUUGAGUAUUUUGCUGUGUUAAUGCUUAUUAUUUAUAUAUAGAUAUCAGGUUUACAGGAUAUUCUGUUUUAAGUCAGCAAAAUCCACAGUCCAAGAAUAACAUAACCAGGUCCCAUUUCCCUCACCAACUUCUGUCUACUCUACUUCCUGGAUAGAAAAGCACAAUUCACAGGUUUUCCUGAGCCACGCCAUCCCUGCCACUAGCUUGGCUUCUGCUCAAGUGCUGACAGGCCAGCCUUGCAGAGUACUGAGCCUUCCCAUCCCUCUGGUCUCCUAGUGUAGCUACUCCCUCCGCAUAGAAGGUUAAGGCAGUUAGUCACCACCAAGUCAUAUGGUGACCUAGGAUGGGCUCUAGACAGGCACUGGGGUGAGGUAUCUGUGCAAAAUUACUUGCAGAAUGAUCUUGGGAUGCUGGGUUUCCAUUUGUGAAAUAAGAUCACUAUGUGGAACACAUUUCCUGUCUGAACAAGGUGGAGAUGAAAGUGAGAUGAAGGGAGGUGGGAUUUCACAGUUAUAAGUCAUGGUUUGUAGGCAGCCAUCUUGAACUAAAUCGUUUUCCCAACUCUGCUUAUUAAGCACUUCUGACUUUUUAGGUUUUAUGCCUAGGACAACUGUGACUCUUUGAGAACUUUGUUUUUUCCAAUCCUUUACACCUACAGAAAAUGGCUUUAGCUACCUUCUUUUUUGGAAUGAAACAAGUGUUAUUCAAGAAAAAAAUGGGAUCCAGGGGAAGGGCAUCAUUAUGUUACUAAUAAUUGACUUUUUCCUAUUCUGGGACUUGGAAAUGCUUAUUGAUUCUAGCAAUUUGUAUUAGGAUAGCAAAGACUUUUCCUUUCAGAACUAAAUUCUCUCUGUUCUUUCUUCCUUGCC